AAUAAAAAGCGAAAACCCUAGCGCGUGUGUGUGUGCGGUGAGCGAGAAUUGUGCGCAGAGGCGCACGAUUAAUCCGUGUAUCAGCAUAUAGUUCACUCUCGGGGGCUGUCGACGUUGUCUCGCUGCAUCAGCUCAACAACGAGCGCAGCGUGCGGCACACUUAUCUUUCGGCGCAAUACAGGGUAAUUUUCCGAUCAGCUGGUUUGUUCGAUUUGCCUUCUGCUAUAUAUAUAUAUAUAUAUAUCUAAGUAUACUUAUCUACCUCAAGAGCGCUCGCGUCAACGAUGGUGGGGUUAUAAAUUUGACAAGUUCGCGGUAAUUCAUUGAGCGGUCGAGUUGAGUGCGCCGUAAGGUAUUAUCAGCUGCUGCAGUCGCUGAUCGACGCCGCUGACGAUAAGAGGAGUUUUACGGAGUUUGAUCGAACCGAGAGAUGUGAAAGAUUACAUCUAUUGUGGAAAGAAGAGACGUUUGGAAUUGCAAGUAUGAUUUGAGAGAUGACGCGGAGAAGAUGGCAAGCGUUUCUUAGCCGGUCGAAUGAGCUGUCAAAGCCGCGGGCCACCGUUGCCACUGCUGUUGCUGUUGGAGAAUGCAAGUUAUUACACUGGAUAACAGGCAUGACCGAGGCAACCAGCCUCCAGACGUAAUCAAAAAAUCUCGGAUUCCUGGAAAACAUAUGCAAAGGAGAAAAUGCUUUGGAAAGGCAUUCUCCUAUGCACUGCGAUCUUCCUGAUCACAGUGAUCAACUAUUAUGGUCUAAUGUUCUACAUACUUUUUGGAUUGCUGACAGUAUGUGGAACAUCCUUUGGACCAGCGAUUAUAUUUUACGCAUACACUAGAUUAUCUCCUACAUAUCCAAUUGGCUGGAAAUAUGUUCUUCUAAGUACAACAUUCUUCCUCGUUGCAUGGUUAUACUACUUUAAUCUUCUAUUCUAUGUAUUCUACGGAUUACUUACCGUGUGUGGCAUGUUAAUUGGGCCCACAGUUGUUUUAUAUAUACAUACUAGUUUAUUACCAAAUAAUCAAACUAAGCAGAGAAGCAAGAAGAAAGUCAACAAAUUAAGUUCAUUUGAAGUUCUUUUACUACGAGAAUCAUAUUUUUAUGAUGAAGGAAGAAGGGAUCCUACACGUUACCCUUUAAUUUUUUCACGCUUGGUAGAUGGUGCAUUGCAAAAUUUAUUGGAUUUAGCAUUUAGAGAUUUUAUUGGUGCUUGGCUUACAGAAAUAGCUAUUGGACCGGAAGAAUUGAUCAAUAUAGCUAAACAGGAUUUAUGGGAGGCUAUACAAAAAAUACAUGAGCGGACAGAACACAUAGAUACUACAAACUUAGUUGCUUGUAGUAUAGUAAAUUCAGUCACAUUUCAUUUUGAAAAGAUCAGACUUGCACAAGAAUCAAUUGUUGACGGAGAAGAUCCAGUAUAUAUUUUAUCUCCACAUUUAGGAUCAGAGGAGGAGGAGUUAGAAUACUUAAGAAAAGUAAGCGAAGUAUUCAUUUUGUUUUUUAUGCCCCGUGGUUACACAUUUCCACCAGCCAAAUAUCUUCUAAGGGAGCUAUUUACAUGUAAAAUAUUAAAGCCAGUUAUCAAUACUAUUACUGAUCCAGAUUAUAUUAAUCGAAAAAUAUUAUCGUAUAUUCAACAACAACAAAUGACAGAAGCAUUGCACAGAAAGACUUGUGAAUAUGCCGACUCUUUUGAAGACUUCAUAGCUAUGAUCAAAGCAACGCGAGAUCUUGAAGUUUUAAAGCGCAUCAGGUACAAUAUCGUUUCAGAAAUUAUGCAAGCUACCACAACUCAAAAUAUUCAACGCGCUCAAGGUCUAGAUCCCGAAAACUCAGCUUUCGGGAAAUCCGAUGCAGCACAAGGAAAAAAAUUAAAACGCUACAUUAGCCAACUAACGUACGCAAAGAAUACUUGCGAGUGCCAUAUGCAGUCUCUGGGAUGGGAUGGCUAUCCCAUGGAAGACGACGAUGUGAUAGAUCCAAUAGCAACCCCGGAAAAUAGAGUUAUUCCGUUGCGAGUCAUUUUGGAUAGCGUCAUAGGUAGAAAAUAUUUAUCGCAGUUUCUUGAAACGGUCUCGAGUCAAGGAUUAAUUGGCUACUGGGCCGCUGUUCAAGAGCUUCGUGCAGCAGAUAAAUCGAGUUGGCAUCAAUUAGGUGCCGAGAUUUUUUAUACUUACAUUACGAUCCCAACCGCCGAGAUUAAAGUUGACAAAGAAACAAGAAAAAGAAUGGAAGGCUUCUUGUUGGGAGAUAAAGGACCAGAUGUAUUUUACGAAGUUCAAGAAAUGGUAGUAAAAACUUUGGAAGAAAAAUAUUAUCUAUCUUUUAUAGUUAGCGAACAAUAUAAAAAAUUACAGGAAUCUAUGAAUGACGAAAAAUUAGAUGUUUCUAUCGAUGAUCAAACCUCUAUAAUCAAUGGUACAAUUUCGGACAAUAGCUCUCUACUGGUUGGCGAGCAUUCAAGUUAUGCAAGAAAUAAAUUGGAUCAGUUACAGGAAAGGCUCAAUAACAAAAUGCAAGCUUUGCAAGCUCUAAAGACAUCGCUAAAACCGGAAAGCAAAGUAUUGGGUAUAUUAGCCAAAGAAGUUGAAUGGCUUCAGGGCGAGAAAAGACAACUAGAAGCUCAUUUAAAUCAUACGGAUAUGUGGGCAGAACACUUGGGCCACUGGAGGGCAGAUGUUCAGAGUGCUGAAACUCCCGAAAAUGGUGAACCUCCAGAAUUCGUUUUGGUUGUUCAUAUGGUAGCAGAUGAAGCAGAUGAGACUAGUAUUUCUACUGGUUGGGUUGUCUUGAGGAAACUCACAGAAUUCCAGGAACUUCAUAGAAAAUUACGCCAGCUAUGUUCCAGCGUAAAAAAUCUGGAAUUACCAUCGCAACCCCUAAAAUUUUUUGGCAAAACCGACAAAAAUGCAAUGGAUAAGGCUAAAGUGCAAAUUCAAAAAUAUUUGAAUCAUGUACUCGAAGAUGACCGCUUAAAUCAAAGUGAAGCACUAUAUGCUUUCCUUAGUCCAAGUUCAGAACGCUUAAAACAUAGUACGCCGUCUCCAAAGAAAUCGCGUUUCUCCUUAUCAACGCUAUUUAAAUCCUCGGGCAGCAGUGGUGAUUCGCGUGAAAAAGAUGACGAAGAAGAUAUUUCGUUAUUGCUAGACGACAAUGAGCCAGUUCGAGCUGUGACUGAUAGUUUUCUUGGUCCAGGGAAGGAUUCCAUUGCUGAACCACUCUAUGCUUUACUUGGUGAAAUUUUUGACUUACGAGGCGUAUUUCGCUGGUUACGACGUUCUCUUAUCACGUUCGUCCAACUUACCUAUGGAAGAACCAUUAAUCGCCAAGUAAGAGAUACUGUUGCGUGGAUGUUUUCUGAACCAAUGCUUCACUACUACAUUCAGCUUUUAACGAAAUCGUGGUGGCCUAAUGGCCAACUAGUGACGGAGGUGCCAGUUCGAACUGAUGAAGACAAAUUGAGAACACGUGCUGAAGCUCGCCGACAGUUCUUGAACAACGUACCUGAUUUUUUGACGAAUUUGGUUGGAGCUCAAAGUGCCCAAAUGGGGGCAAUGAAAGUUUUUGACUCUUUGCAAAAUGUGCAACUAAACAAGCAGUUAUUUUAUGAUAUUUUUGAGGUUGUGAUGUUUGAGAUGUUUCCAGAUUUGAAGAAAGACAGAGAUUAAGUAUUUUUACAUCGAAUAAAUGCAUUCCAAAAUAAUCUUUAGAUGAAAUUAAACAACGUGUGGGUUUGUUUUACAACUGCCAAACUGAUGAAGAACAAGGUUUGUCAUACAUCUUUUUUUUUGUAACGAUGCUCAAGGUAUUUAAAGGUGCUAUUGAAGCUACCCAGUAUUAUUUAAGAUUAUAUACAGAUUUAUUUUUAAAUUUUACUAACCGUUUUUAAUAUAUAAAUGUUUCAAUCGAAAUAUUUUUAUUAAGUUAAUUUUCGCGGGGAUAUUCCAAAAAGUAUAUAGUUUAUAAUAUAUAUAGUUCACACGUUAUAUUAUUUUCACAAGUCAAUGAUUAUCAAAUUGGUGCUAGCUACCAAAGAUUAUAAGCGGUGCGUGCACUGCAAUAUUUUUUAAAUUGACAGAACACUUAUUAUUACGAAGGUUUUACUGAUUGUUCGCACACCUUUUUAGCUACUGUUUUUGGCUAAUAUACUUCAAAGGAUUUAUUAAUUCUUCUUUUUUGACACUUUUAUAAUUAUCACACAAAUGAGUUUUUAAUGUUUCAUAUGUAAGAAUUAUAGAUACAUUUUAGACUCCACGUUCGAUCAUCGAGUUUAUUGGCAUCUUUGUAUUAAAGCUGUACAUUCUGGUAAAACUUCAUACAUACAUUUAAUGUCCGUCAAUAUUGUAAAAAAAUUCUAAGACUAUAAAGUUAAGUUACAAUCAUCAUCUUUGAUGUAUUGUUAAAUCUAACAAAGUGUCAAAUAUUGUUGUAAAAAUAUAUGUAAAAAUGGUGAUCUUCAGUAUAAAUAUGAAACAUGAAAAUAAAAAAAAUAUUAAUGUCGAUGGAAAAAGAACUAUGAUAUAUCUACGUCCCGUGAGGCUUAUCUCUUACUUUUAAUAGUUACCUGCAACAAAUCUACUUUAUCAUAAUUUUCAUUUAACUAUUCGCCUCGCAUUCUUCUAUAGUAAAGUAAUAAAAACUCAAAUAUAUAGGUAUACGAAAAAAGUAAAAGUAAUCGAAUCACAUUACGAGGGUACCCUGGUAGAAAUGAGUCUAAGAACAGGCUAGUAACUGGCCAGUUCUUAAGAUUUAACCUAGUUACUACCUAAUAAAUGACCAGUUCUUAGGGUCAUUUCUACCAGGGUAGGAUAGAAAAAUGAAACACUAAUAGAUUCUCAACUUUUUUACGACGUAGAUCGCUUUAUUUCGACAUCAUGUAAGUUUUAUGUCACACGAUGCACAAAUAUAUUAAACAAUUAUCUAAAAUUACAUAA